AUGGCAGACAACACCAAUGAGAAGGUCUGCACAGGAGAGGAGAAACUGGAAAUGGUUCCUGGAUCGGUUUUUGAAAUGAGCAUGACAAGCCACAGCUAUAGCAUCUACAAUGCUGUCUAUGCAGCAGUGCAUGCUUUGGAUGCUAUGCAUUUAUCCCAUCUGAAACAUGAGCCAAGGGUACUUCUGAAUCAGCUGUGGCAGGUGUUGUCCAAGAUGAGUAUUGCUGAUUGCAACGCCACUAGUGAUGCUCCUUCUAUUCUUCACCAGUAUUAUCAACCAGGAGAGCAUGUUAUUGCUGCGAUUUUGUCUCAGAUCUACAUUUGGUUCGGGGAAAUAACCUUUGAAAAACUUCCUUCUAAUGAUAACUUUGAUGACCUUAUCUAUUUCAGUGUAAGCAGGACCUAUCAAUCCUCCAUGGAAAUGGUUUCCACACAGGGCAAAUUCAUCCCUAACUACAGGUGCAACACCAAACAUGAUCUAGUAGCAGUUAUUGGUGGACCUCAAUCUGAAACCUGUGUCCACAUGGCCACCAUCCUAUCAGCCUACAAGGUCCCACAGCUCACAUAUGGCUGUGCUCCAAUGCUAAUUCACAGAGAUAAGGCAGUUUUCUUCUACCAGACAUUUCCAAAUGAAGCCCUUCAGCAUGUUGGGAUUCUCCAGUUAUUGAUCCAUUUCAAAUGGACCUGGGUUGGAGUGAUCUCUCAAAAUGAGAUUAAUGAAUAUGCAGAGCAUUUUGUUCAGAAUGUACUUCCCAUCUUUGCCCAAAGUGGCAUCUGCUUUGACUUUAUAGAACGAACCCCCAUAUUAUCAUUUUCCACGCAGACUGAUGAAACGGAAAUCAGCAUCACUAAAAUAGGCAGCAUUAUCAUGAGAAGCUCAACAAAUGUUGUGCUCGUAUAUGGUGAAAGUGACACCAUGAUUGUUUUGAGAAUGUUGCUCGAUCUUUCAGAUUUUGAGGGCCUGUCAAUGAAGACAAAAGGUAAAGUCUGGAUUCUGACAGCUCAGAUGGCUUUCACUUCUCUCCCCAUCCAAAGAAAUAGGGACAUCCAUUUCCUCCAUGGUGCGAUAUCCUUUGCAAGUCACUCCAAGGAGCUCUUAGGAUUCCAGAAGUUCCUUCAGAUGAGAAGCCCAACCUCAGAAAAGGAAGAUGGUUUUAUCCUGGAUUUCUGGCAACAGACCUUUAACUGCUUAUUCCCCAAGACCAUGGCAGACAACACCAAUGAGAAGGUCUGCACAGGAGAGGAGAAACUGGAAACUGUUCCUGGAUCGGUUUUUGAAAUGAGUAUGACAGGCCACAGCUAUAGCAUCUACAAUGCUGUCUAUGCAGUGGUGCAUGCUUUGGAUGCUAUGCGUUUAUCCCAUAUGAAACAUGAGCCAAGAGUACUCCUGAAUCAGCUGUGGCAGCUACACCACUUCCUGAGAAGCAUCUCAUUUAACAAUAGUGCUGGGGAGAAGAUCUCUUUUGAUAAAGAUGGGGAAAUAAUAGCUGGAUAUGAUAUUAUCAACUGGGUCACAUUCCCAAACCAGUCCUUUCUGCAAGUCAAAGUUGGGAACAUAAUCCCCCAAACACCUACAGAAGAAGAGUUCACCAUCUAUGAAGAAGCCAUUGUAUGGCCUCAGACCUUUCAGCAGAUGCCUCCACUCUCCAUAUGUAAUGACAAAUGCAGUCCUGGUUACGGCAGGAGAGAGAUAGAAGGAAAGCCAUUUUGCUGCUAUGAUUGUCUUCCAUGCCCUCUGGGGAAGAUUUCCAACCAGAAGGAUACGGAUGAGUGUUUUCAAUGUCCAGAAGGUCAUUAUCCAAGCCAAGAGCAAAAAUUAUGCCUUCCCAAAGUGAUAAGCUUCCUGUCUUAUGAAGAACCUUUGGGGUUCAGUCUUUCCAUUUUGGUCCUUUCCUUUUCUUUCAUCACAACUUUGGUGCUUGGGAUCUUCAUCAAGAACCGGAACACUCCCAUAGUCAAAGCUAAUAACCGAAACCUCACCUAUGCUAUCCUCAUCUCUCUUCUACUCUCCUUCCUUUGUGCUUUGCUAUUCAUUGGCCAGCCUCAAAAGGUGACCUGUCUCCUUCGACAAAUGGCUUUUGGCAUGAUCUUCUCUGUGGCAAUUUCUUGUGUGUUGACCAAAACCAUCACUGUGAUUGUAGCUUUCAAGGCCACCAUACCGGGAUCAAGGAUGAGGAAGUGGAUGGGGGAAAGAGUGACAACCUCCAUAAUUGUCUUCUGUUCUGUUGUUCAAGCCACAAUUUGCAUUGUGUGGCUAGUAACCUAUCCCCCAUUCCCAGAUUUUGAUGCAUAUUCAGUAAUAGGGGAAAUCAUUGUGGAAUGUAAUGAAGGAUCAGUUACCAUGUUUUAUUGUAUCUUGGGUUACAUGGGCUUUCUGUCCAUCAUGAGCUUCACCAUUGCUUUUCUAGCCAGGCACUUACCUGACAGUUUCAAUGAAGCCAAGUUCAUCACCUUCAGCAUGUUGGUCUUUUGCAGUGUUUGGCUGUCCUUUGUUCCAACUUACUUAAGCACCAAAGGGAAAUUCAUGGUGGCUGUGGAGAUCUUCUCCAUCCUGGCCUCAAGCAGUGGGUUGCUGAGUUUUAUAUUUUUCCCAAAAUGUUUUAUCAUUGUGUGUAGGCCUGACCUAAAUAAGAGGGAGCAUUUAAUAAACAGAAACAAAUAA